GAGUCGCUUCUGUCGUCGGGCACGGCGGAGGGCACGCGGAGGCGAGGUCCUCCGGGACGGGGCACGCGCGGCGGAGCUAGUGGCCGGGCGACUUGCACGCAGGCCGGAAGUGUGCGUGCGAGGGAGAAGGCGGGAUUUGAGUGUCUGCGGCCGCGCGCUUCCGGCUCGCGCGUGGCGACGUCAAAGGACCCCCGGCAGGCUCUCCCACUGCCGCCUCGCGCGCUCUCCCCGGGUCCGAGAGGGACCCCGUGACGACAUGAGCAACAAAGAAGGUGGCGUCUUGCGCAUCCCUGGGCGUUAUUUACCCCAAGGGGGACACGGAGGCUUCAGGAAGAGGAAGCACGACACUUUCCCCCACAGCCAGCGGAGGGACGGGAAGGACGUGAACUCGUCGUCACCCGUGAUGGUGGCCUUCAAAGCAUUUCAGCAGGAACUUGAUGCCAGACAUGACAAAUACGAGAGACUUGUGAAGCUGAGCCGGGAUAUCACCGUGGAGAGUAAAAGGAUAAUCUUUCUGCUCCAUAGGAUUACAAGUGCCCCUGACAUGGAGGAGGUACUGGCGGAGUCAGAAGUGAAGCUGGACGCGGUCAGACAGAAGAUCCUGCAGGUGGCCCGGGAGCUGCUGGGGGAGGAGAUGCAUCAGUUCCACAGAGCCAUCACGGCGGGACUACAGGAAUAUGUGGAGGCCGUCUCUUUUCAGCACUUCAUCAAAACACGAUCACUUAUCAGUAUGGAUGAAAUUAAUAAGCAGUUGGUAUUUACACCCGAAGAGAAUGGGAAAGAAAAUCAGACUCCCUCUCCCGACGCUCAGGAUAAAGAGCCGGGUCCCUGGAGGCUGAGGAUCACGCCCGUGGACUACCUCCUAGGCGUGGCGGACCUGACGGGCGAGCUGAUGCGCAUGUGCAUCAACAGCGUGGGCAACGGCGACAUCGACACGCCCUUCGAGGUGAGCCAGUUCCUGCGCCAGGUGUACGACGGCUUCUCGUUCAUCGGCAACACCGGCCCCUACGAGGUGUCCAAGAAGCUCUACACCCUGAAGCAGAGCCUGGCCAAGGUGGAGAACGCCUGCUACGCCCUCCGAGUGCGCGGCUCAGAGAUCCCCAAGCACAUGCUGGCCGACGUGUUCUCUGCGAAGACGGAGAUGAUGGAUCAGGAGGAGGGCAUUUCUUAGAACAGCGUCUCCCGAGAGAGACCAGCUUGGCAGACUGUAGCACUUGGCGUUGUGUUUGACUUUAUCGUGGCUUUUACCUAGAUUUUCAGUUUCCCUUUUCGGAAUUACAAACAAGCUGUACAUAACAUCAUCAAAAGGAAUCCUUUUCUAUGUCUUACUCAUGGAAGCUUGCGUACAAAUGUUUGCCUGGAGGCCGCUGAAUUUUUGCGGGCUGAAUUCCAUCCCUGUUCUCUGUCACGUGAAUGUGUCUGAGUGCACUUUCUGCACCGUUUCGCUUCACGAGGUGUGGGUUCUGAGUGCUAGUAGUUAGUGGAAUCUAAUCAUACUUAAGGCGACGUGAUACAUAGAGAAGACUUUCUAGUUAGAUACCCGGACUUGAGGUUUUUGUUUAAAUUUCUUGGUGGUAGUGUGCCAAGCCUCCAAAAUAGGCUUAUUCCGUAGAACAGAAUGAAAAUGACUAAGUUAUCAAUAUACUUGAUAAUUUUCUGUGGCAUCCUGGUAAGAAUUCACAGCAUGUUCUGGCUGAGUUAGGCCACUUUGUAUCCAUACGAUGGAAUCGCCUUCCAGAAAAAUCGACAGGUACCCAGAUGUUAGUUUCUACAUUUAACUUUUCGUGCUUUUAUCACAGAAAAUCUGAUAGAGGAUUGGAAUUCAUACUGUAAUAUUUUUACUGGUGUUUGAGUUGAGUUAUAUACUUGUACAUACAACUGUACAGCUUUUAGUAGUGAUCAGUUAGCAGUGUUUAUGUUUUUGUUUGUUUGUUUUUUUUUGUCAAUUAUAUUGAAUUAGGCGUGUUUGGAGACUUCCCUAUUCUGGCAUCUAUAAGACAUUCUAUUUAAGUGAUUAUAAUGAAAUUUUGACAUUUUUGAAAUACUAAGUUAACCCAAACCUUUAUAGUUGUCUAGUUGUCGAGUUGUGUUAAUCGAUAGUAUAAAAAGUUGCCAAAGAAAACUUAUCCUGUACAAUUCAGCAAUAAGACAAUUGUCAGCACGUUGGGAACCACGGCAGUAGUUUCCGGUUCCAUGUAGGGUUGGCAUUUGCCUACAGGAAUUAGCUGUAGUUGUCCCCUGUGUUGUGAAACCGACCGGAGCAUGACGCUGUUGGCCGGCAACCAGACGCUUCCACUGGGUUUUGUACGUUUUGAAAAUCUAGCAACUGGAUGUUAUUUUUUGAAAGAUUAACGGCUCUGUUUGUAAGGGCUGAUUCUUUGAAAGUGUAAUUUCCUUCCAACAAAUGACCUAGAGGAAAA